AUGAAUAACAAUCAGCAGCAGCAGGUGUUCCGGCAGAAUAUGCAGUCGGGGCCCGGUUGGGGCCUGACCCGGUACCGGUCCGCGCCAAGCUCCUACUUCGCGUCGCUGUUGGACGCCCCCGCCGACGGCGCCGCGUUCGGCGGAGACGAUCUCGAUCACCUCUUCAACCCGCGAGCUUCCAGCCUUGAGGCGCAGAGGAUUUUUCCUCGGUUCAUGGGCUGCACGGAUACCGUUCGAGGAAAUUCCUCAGCCGCGAAUCCACGGCUGAGCUCGCAGUUUACGCCGCCGCCGGAGAAGACGGCGGAGCCCCGUCAGCCACCGGAGAGUUCGUAUGGGUUAUUGGGUUCGUAUGGCGGUGGUCAGCUGAAGAUGGAGUCUGCUGUUGGAAAUAACCCGGGCCUCGUUCGUCAGAGCAGUUCACCGGCGGGCCUCUUUCCCGAUAUAGUUAUUGAAAAUGAGUUUGGUACGAUGAGAGCCAUGGAGAGCUUCAAAGGUGGUUAUAAUAAUUGUGGCAGUAAUGCUAGUGUAAAGGAAUCAUCUUCAUCGACAAACAGGUUCAAACAUGAAAUGGACUUCUCAUCAAGAUACUCUUCAUCUGGGAUGAUGGAAACGAUACCCGAGACUGAUCUCAAGGGCAUGGGAGAAAGCAGUGUUGAAAAUCGGCACUUUAGUCAAGACCGUGGCAACACUGUUGACUACAUCACGGGCCUCCCUAUGGGUGCGUGGAAAUCGGCCUCAAACCCGUCUGUCUCAUCACCUGAGUCUUCCGGCAAGCUUCAAGAACUCGUGCCCAAUAUGGAAAAGCAAACAAAUACAUCUGAUAUGUUGGACUUGGCUGUGGAUUACAUUAAGGAUCUUCAGAGGCAAGUAAAGACGCUUUCUGAUAAUCGUGCAAGGUGCUCCUGCUCCGCUAAACAGAUUCUUUAG